AUGCGAGCUGGGGCCACGCCACACUUUCAUGCAGAGGACAACUUCUGGCCUGAACAUUUGACUAGCUUCGAGCGAGAUGUCCUCCAACCGCCCUCCCUCUCCGUCAAAGGAGGGCGGAACCUCUCUGCCUCCGCCAUCACCUUCGCCCCCAGAGGCUCGUCUCUCAACCCAUCACCCGCCCCCGGAAGCUUCAGCACCGAUCUGCGCAGCCAGAUGAUCACCUCUCGCGCCGGGUCGAGAGCCGACAUGGUCAGCACCGAGAAGCUGGACGAGGAUGAAAAUGCGCAGGCGGCGCAGGCUCUCGCCGCCUUGCGUGAGUCCCUUAACCGCGAGAUGAAGAUAAAAGAGGGCAGCGAGAACAUGCUGGAGGCGCUCAAUACCAAGAAGGCGAAGCAGACCAAGGAGCAGCGCCACCGCGUCGAAGCAGAGCUCACCUCGUCCAGCCAGAGAAUCAGGGAGCUGAGACAGAAGAUAUCCGAGGCGCAGCGAACACUCGUAACCCCGACCACCCCUACGAGAUCAAGAACCGCAGAGAGCACAUUCCACGGCACGAAUGGGCUGCGUUCUCCCCCGAGCGCUUCAAGAAGUGGUGUUGGGUCUGACCUCGACGAGCCGACCGAAUCCCCGACCUUUGCCCUGGCCGAGAUCCUUCAAGCUUUGGAGGUGGACGGAAUGAUGCCUGAAUAUUAUGUCUCGAGGGCCAACAGUCUGGUUGAGCUUUUUAAACGACAUCCCACCCUCAAGUACGAUCUGGUGUGGUCGGUAUUUGGCCUCCGAAUGCAGGUCAUGCUCCUCAGUGAGAGCAGGGAGGUUGUCGCUGCAGGAUACAGGAUGAUCCGAUAUGCCAUCUCGGACGUCUCAUCCCUGAAGAAGAUUCGUGCCCUAAACACAGACUACUUAGUGACAUGGUCUUUGAUCAAGGAUAACAAGGCCGACGUGGAGCGUGAACAGGCCCUCAAGUUUGUCCGUGCUUUUCUGGAUGUUAAAGAUGGCAUCCGGGAGGUCUCCAGGGCUGUUGUCAGGACCAUUGCAGCAAUCGCAAAGGCCCCCGAGGAACGCCUAAGGCCCAUCUGCUUGGAAACCCUGGCCGAGAUCCUUGUUCGGGAUCCCCGCCUCCUCGUGGCAUCGGGAGGACUUGCCUCCCUGUCAGAGGCUCUGGCUGAAGGCUCGUAUAAAGCCCCUGAAAGUCUGACAGCCGCCUUUCUGUUCUUGCUCGAUGCACCUAAACGGCGGAAGUAUCUACGAGCGGGGUACGAGCUUGAAGUCCUCUUCACCUGCUUUACCGACGUCUACUCCUCAAAUGAGCGACUCCUCAAACAGAACUCCAAGGCCAUUGCGUCGGCCCUGAAAACAUGGUCGGGUCUGAUGAGCCUGUCCAUGUUCAACUUCCGAGCCAUCAGGUCGCUAAUAUCAAGCCUCAUGCUCCCGAAUGGUCCUGUCCAGGAAACGGUUAUCGACUUACUCUACUCGCUUCUCCGCAUCAAACCACCGGCAUGGGCCAGCACCUUUUUUGCUGGACGUCGGCUCACGACUUAUGGGAGGGUGGCCACCUUGAAGUCCACGGCAUCAAAAGGAACACAUAGCUAUGUCGAAGAUGAUGGUGGGGAGCAGAAUUUUGUCGAUCACUAUACCGCACUACUGCUCGCGAUAUUCGCCAAAUCAGGGCUGGUCCCCUCCUUGCUGAGGUUGACCCAAGACACCGACAACCCAACACUAAAGAGGAAGUCAACAUUACUUAUCGGAGAGGUACUGAAGCUCUCUAGCCGACUGCUGCCGCCGGCAUUUAGCAGCGAGCUCCAGUUGCUGCCCGAGCUCUUCGCCGCCGCAACCCAGUUGAAGGACGAGAGCCAUUUCGUAGCAACGGGCAUCGUCUACCAAAUCAGCAGCGUUAGCAAGAUUCUCCAUCGAUCCUCACCGUCAGCCUACGCGUCGUCGAUAGUGCCCUCCAAUAGCUCCUUGGAUCUGGCAGGGCUUGAGGAGCACCCCAAGGCCAACGCGUCAGUAAACUUUGACGAUGCGACCUUCCGCCAACUGAUUCUCGAUUCGGCGGUCCUCAGCAGCUCCAACUUCUCCAAGUGGAACUGGGAUGUCAUCAUCAGGGUCCUCGAAGGGCCACUCACGAGUGGGAAGCGGCUAGAAGAGGCCGUCAAGGUAUCCAAGUUUGUGAAACGGAUCAUGAGCUUCUACCGCCCUUUCAAGUACAGAUUUUCCGAGGUGAAGAGCACGAGAAACACCCAGAAGUACGUCAGGGCUGGGUGUGCCUUGAUGCACACACUCUUGCAGUCGGCCGAGGGUAUCAGAUACCUCGCCGACAACAAGUUAUUGAGGCAGAUCGCCGAGUGUCUAGCUCAGUGCGACCCUACCAGUGGGCUGACGGCCCAAUUCCCCAUGUUCUCCAAGGACCGCCUCACAGAUACGCUGUGCGGGGGGUACUUCCCUAUGCUGGGAGUCUUGAGUGGUGACCCCAAAGGCCUUCAGAUGCUCGACAGGUGGCGCAUGUUCAACAUGAUGUAUCACAUUGUCGAUCUCAAGCAGCGACCGGAUCUCAUCAAACUCCUCCUUUCAAACUUCGACUAUAGCUUCCAAGGCCAUCCCCGGGUACUGCUAUCGAAGGCACUGACCUCUGGCAACAAGGAUAUUCGGAUUCACGCCACCGACGUACUUAGGAAGUUUGCAACUAGGCCCAGGUUGUCUUCCCAAGGCCAGGGAGUGGGCGACUGGAAAUGGGCCAUCCAACUGCUAGUGACCCAACUCUACGACCCCGAAGUGGAGGUAUGCGCCACGGCAGUCAAGAUACUGGAAAAGGCCUGCAACAGCAAGGACUACCUGGAAUAUAUCGUUCAGUGUCGGCCGGCCUUGGACCACCUCGGCGAGAUAGGGGCGCCCCUGCUCCUGCGUUUUCUCUCCACGUCCAUCGGAUAUCACUACCUUGACGGCCUCGACUAUAUUAGCAACGAGAUGGACGACUGGUUCCUGGGCCGCAACGAUUCCUACGUGAGCGUGAUCGAGGCCAGCCUGGCUCGCGCUUUUGUGGUUCAUCCCGACGACCACACAAAUCGCAUCAGCGUCUUCGAGGACGAGAGGGACGUCGAGGCAGAUAGCCACGUCCCACCGCAUUUCUACCGCGAGCUGACACGAACCCGGGAAGGGUGUAAGCUGCUGAGGGACAAGGGUCACUUUGACGAGUUCGUGGCCACCAUCCGUGACCAUGGCAUGCAGUCGGAAGAUGCCGAAUUGAUGGUCAAGGUCAAGGCCUGCCUCUGGGCUGUCGGUAACGUCGGUUCCAUGGACCUGGGCGCCCCUUUCCUCGAGUCCAGCGACGUCGUCGACCGGAUAGUGAGGAUCGCGCAGGAGCACCAAGUCAUGAGCUUGCGCGGCACCGCAUUCUUCGUCCUUGGCCUGAUCUCGAGGUCGGUGCACGGCCUCGAGAUCCUGUCAGAACACGGGUGGGAUGCGAACACAAAUCUGCUCGGCGCCUCCCUUGGGUUCUGCAUUCCCUCGGACCUAUCCAAGUUCUUCUCCUGCACCCCAUGGAAACACGAGCCCAUCUCAUCUAUCGCUCUCCCCGAGACCCAAAAGACGGAGACGGUCGAACUACCACCCAUACCAUCCAGGCCUAGAUCCGAGUCCCUUCUCAAGGCCAUCGAGGCCGAGAAUGAAGCCAACGGCCAGACAAUCCGCAAAGUCGAGUUGGAUCCGGACCCGACGAACCAUCGCAUCCUCGAACUGGUCAUUGACCUGGCCAACAUGGUCCUCUACCGGCGGGCCAGGAGCGAGCUGAUGCAGAUCAAGCAGGUGAAGAGGGCGCCCGGAUUCAGCCAGCCCCAUCUAUUUAGGCGGGUCAUGGCCCUCCUCGAAUGCCAGAACUACCGUCUUGCCGACCGCAGCCUGGUGGUGGGCCUGUUCGACAAGAGUGUCCUGCGGCGCAUUGACGAAGACGACGAAGACGAUGACGAUGACGGCGAUGAUGAUGAUGAUGAUGAUGAAGCGGAGGGGGACGAGGAGGAAGAGGAUAGUUCAGGUGAUGAGCAGCGCACUGAAAGGCAGAGAAGCGUUGGCGACCUUGCUGAGCUGCCGAGGUCCACAUCGGCCAUGAUCUAUGGGAGCUAA